GCCGCGUAUAAACUGUGCCGUUGUUUAGCAUUAUAAAGGAAAACUUCCCCCACACCGAUGCAUUAGUUGGACUAGACCGAACUAAAGGCUCGUUCUUUUCUGUUUAAGGGUUUUAGGGGAGACUUCAAUCACAGAAACUGUUUCAGAAAUCUCCGCCUCUUUCUUUAUUCAUCACGUCCGUCAGCUCCUUCAAGUAAUUUAGUUUUUUUUUUUUUCUGUGCUGCAGAGAUGGCAAAUAGAUUUAGGGGUUUUGCUAUGAUGUUAUCUACUGCUAAGAAUUCCACCAGAAAAGAGGGUUCUGGUAGGAUGUUUUCUUCUACUGCUCAGGAGUCCCCGAAGGAACGGAUGAAGAAUACCUCUGGUGACAUAAAUUAUGAAGAUACUGAUACACGUACAACUAGAAACUUUUAUCUUAAUGUUAGCAAGGGAGCAUCUGUUGGUUUAACUAUCGGGACUAUUUACGGCUACUUUGUGUACGGGUGGUACCCUUUUAAGGGUACCCUUGAGGGGGACAGAUCACACAAACCAUGGGGUGCAGCCAGAGACAGUGCAGCUUCUACAACCGAGAUAUCCAAGAAAGGGAUGUUAAAAGAAAGGCAGAUGUUAUUAACAAGUUGGCGUUUGACCAAGAGACCAGACUAGAAAAGGCGUUGGAAUUGGUUGAUGAACUUGCCUAUGAAGAACUUGAGGAGCUCAUAAGUUGUGCAAGAAGGAGAAGAAAACAAAUUGUAGCUCUGAGGGCACGUGAUAGGGAGAUAGAGGAGUUAUUUAGAAUUCGAGCAGCUGCAGAUGAUGUCAAUAUUGGUGCUGAUGGUGAUGGUGGUGCUGCUUCUGCUGAUGCCGUUGCUCCCAAUGUAGUUGCUCCCAGAUAAUUUAAUAUGCUAAUCAAGACAAAUUUACGGUCUAAAAUUUUUAGUAUUUUGUAAUUAUCGUAAAUGGUUUUUUAUUACAAUGGGUUUAUUGACGCGUGGUUUUUAGUUAUGUUUUGUAUAGGUAUAUGGUACAAUGGGUUUACGCAUCUAUUUAUUUAUUUUUAA